AUGGCUCCAGAUCCACAGGCAUCCUCAGACCCCCAGGCUACAGAUGCCGUCGACACCCAUCCAGCCCCUUCUUCUCCUCUAACCCAUCGACCACGGACAAAAGAGGACUUCCAGAAGAUCUUGCUCGAAAGCCACAUUCAUCAUGAUUUAUUACACACUGCUGCGAUGCUGGAGACGCAAGCCAAUCGGGAGAAAGAUUACAAUUUCAGGAACCAGCAGGCAGAGGAUUACAAGAAGGUUCGCGACGAGUACCGACAAUAUUUCACCCCCAGUCGACUCUUUGGUCCUGGCUAUGGGGGUUAUGGAAAUGGGAGGACAGAUGGGCCGGCGCAUGUAGUCUAUCCUCACCAAAAGCCAAGAUUGGGGCAUAAGAAGACCCCAAGGUUGCGAAUCAAGCGCAAAGAUGUAGCGAUGCAGGCAGAACAGGAGGAAGAAUUGGUGCCUAUCCGGUUGGAGAUCGAUUGGGAUAAGAUCAAGCUUCGAGAUACGUUUACCUGGAACUACUACGAUCGAAUCAUAACUCCCGAGAUCUUUGCAGCGCAGAUGGUUGAGGAUUUUGGCCUAACUCCUCCUGCACACGGCCCAGUUCUGGAGCAGGUUCAGCACCAAUUGCGCGAGCAGCUGAUUGAUUUCUAUCCUCAAUUGUAUGCUGGAGAAGAAGCGCUGGAUCCAGAGCUGCCAUACUCGGCUUACAAGAACGAAGAGAUGCGAAUCCUCAUCAAGCUGAACAUAACGAUUGGCCCGCAUACAUUGGAGGAUAAAUUUGAAUGGGAGAUUAACAACCCAUUGAACUCUCCAGAAGAGUUUGCGCAGAGUUUGGCUCGAGAACUAUCAUUAGCAGGAGAGUUUACUACCGCGAUUGCACAUUCGAUACGAGAACAGUGCCAGCUAUUCACAAGGAGUUUGUACAUUGUUGGGCAUCCAUUUGAUGGGCGACCCUUGGAAGAUGCAGAUUUAAUUGCUGGAUUCUUGCCAUCUCCGUUACCUUCAGUUUUCAGGCCACAGCAGCAAGCGCGAGAAUAUACGCCUUUCUUGUACGAGUUGACGGAAGCAGAUCUGGAGCGCGGGGAAGUAAUAUACUCACGAGAACAGAGGAGACAGAAACGCUCUGUGAACAGAAGAGGUGGACCAACAUUACCAGAUUUGAAAGACAGACAGCGGACUGUGCGAACACUGGUAGUAUCAUCAGUUAUUCCAGGCUCAGCUGAGAAGGUUGAGGACAGUCGACUGUACAAAAGAAUUGGAGGAGUUGGAGGCAAAGGUAAACGUCCUGGAGCUCGAGAUGGAGAGCUUUCGGAGGAAUCGGAAAGUGAAGAUUCCAAUCCCGAAUCUCCAGCAAUGUCGAAUCUGCAGACCGGAACAGCGAGAACCAGAAACAUGCGUGGAGCAGCUACAGCUGCCCAACAAAGGAUGGCGAACCUGGGAAGAUCGGAAACUCCUGAAGCAGCAGUGCUUCAUCAUCACGAAACUAGAACUUCUGCUAGAAGAUUUGGUGGCCGUGAUGCCCGUGAGGACAGCGAACCUCCAUCCUUGAUCGUCAAGCUUAAACCUGGGCGAGAAAGGAUGAGGAAGUGGUAUCGUGAGAUCAACCGACCUGCAAGCCGUCCUUCAACUUCACAACCACCCGAAACGCCUGCUUCUCGCGCUCCAGCAACACCUGCUGCCUCUACUCCAGCCGUCCCCCCUGGCUCCAUGGGGCCCCCAUCAACUCCUAAUGCCCAAAGCCAGACGAUCCAGCCUCCUACCACUCCCGUGCCAGUCGGGCAAAUUGGUCGAGUCGAUGCACCACCCCCUCCCCCGCCAGGACAACCACCCCACGUUCCUCCUCCCCCUCCAUCCUGGCUUACAGCUGGCCUCACUGGCCUUCUCACCCAGUACCCAGGUGAUCGAUUCGAAGGCGUAAUGCGGUAUUCCGCUGUAAACACCGCCACAGAGCUGCCCUGUCCAGCACCUGCACCAGGCACAACACCAGAAGGAAUAAAGUGGAUGUAUCUUCCACGCAUAAGAUGCCACGACUGUCCAGGCAAGCUCUACACGCCCGGUCCAGAAACCACAGUCGGGAACUUCGAGGUCCACUUGAAAAAUCGUCAACAUCGAGAGAGGGUGGAUGGGAGGAUAGCAGCAGACAGGAAUGCAUCUACGGGUGCUUCCAGUUCUUGA